UCUUCCUUUGAACCAAUGAGAGCUCAAAGGUGUUUGAGGCACACAAUAAAUUAGUGCACUAAAUCCCAACGUUUUAUUUUCAGAGAUCAGGAAUGCUUGAAGGAAACCACACCAUGAAACGUGAGUUUGUCCUCACAGGAUUUACAGACCACCCUGAAAUGAAGGGCCUUCUGUUUGCAGUAUUCUUUUUCAUCUAUCUGAUUACCAUGAUAGGGAAUAUGGGUCUGGUGAUUCUGAUUUCCAAAGAACGUUCUCUUCACACCCCAAUGUACAUCUUUCUGGGCAACCUGGCUUUUAUAGAUUCUUGUUGCGCCUGUGCUGUUACUCCUAAAAUGUUGGAGAACUUUUUUUCUGAAGACAGAAUAAUCUCUCUGUAUGAAUGCAUGGCACAGUUUUAUUUUCUGUGCACUGUUGAAACUGCAGACUGCUUUCUUCUAUCAGCAAUGGCCUAUGACCGCUAUGUGGCCAUAUGCAAUCCACUGCAGUACCACACCAUGAUGUCCAAGAAGCUCUGCCUUCAGAUGACCACAGGAGCCUUCAUAGCUGGAAACCUGCAUUCUAUGGUUCAUGUGGGGCUAUUAUUUAGACUAGUAUUCUGUGGGUCUAAUCAAAUCAACCACUUUUAUUGUGAUAUUCUUCCUUUGUACAGACUCUCCUGUGUUGACCCCUAUAUCAACGAGCUUAUAUUAUUUGUCUUUUCAGGCUCAAUCCAAGUCUUCACAAUAGGUUGUGUUCUCAUAUCUUACCUUUACAUUGUUUUUACAAUUUUCCAAAUGAAAUCCAAAGAGGGAAGGGUCAAAGCCUUCUCCACCUGUGCAUCCCACUUUCUGUCUGUUUCAUUAUUUUAUGGAUCUCUUUUCUUUAUGUACAUUAGACCAAAUUUGCUAGAAGAAGGUGAUAAGGAUAUACCAGCUGCUAUUUUAUUUACAAUUGUGGUCCCUUUACUAAACCCAUUUAUUUAUAGCUUGAGAAAUAAAGAAGUAAAGAAUGUCUUGCAGAAAAUUCUGCAGAAAAAAAUAAUCUCAAAAAAUUUUAAACAAGCUUCUAUUAUUGUGUAAAAACUCAAUUCAGCAGAAAACUCACAUGAGAUCACACAGUAGAAAUGCUUGUAAACUGUGUGCAAAAAUGUUAAAGUCCAUAAGGCUUUCUUAA